UUUGGUACGUUAUUUAUUUCUGUCAUACAAUCCCCCUUCAAGGACUUCAUCAGCAAAUAUACUGUAUGCAAACGUUUAUGUUAGUAUGAUGAAUAAAUCAUUGCAUAUUUGCAGCUGCCUUGAGCCUAGAGUCACUGAGGAAUGACUCUACUGAUUCACCUAUUGGCAAAAAAAACAGCUUUACAACACCAGCUUUACAACAUCCACUUUACAACACCAGCUUUACAAUACCAGCUUUACAACACCAGCUUUACAACACCAGCUUUACAAUACCAGCUUUACAACACCAGCUUUACAACAUCCACUUUACAACACCAGCUUUACAACACCAGCUUUACAACACCAGCUUUACAAUACCAGCUUUACAACACCAGCUUUACAACAUCCACUUUACAACACCAGCUUUACAAUACCAGCUUUACAAUACCAGCUUUACAACACCAGCUUUACAAUACCAGCUUUACAACACCAGCUUUACAAUAUCAGCUUUACAACACCAGCUUUACAACACCAGCUUUACAAUACCAGCUUUACAACAUCCACUUUACAACACCAGCUUUACAAUACCAGCUUUACAAUACCAGCUUUACAAUAUCAUCUUUACAACACCAGCUUUACAACACCAGCUUUACAACAUCCACUUUACAACACCAGCUUUACAAUACCAGCUUUACAAUACCAGCUUUACAACACCAGCUUUACAACACCAGCUUUACAACAUCCACUUUACAACACCAGCUUUACAACACCAGCUUUACAAUACCAGCUUUACAAUACCAGCUUUACAACACCAGCUUUACAAUACCAGCUUUACAACACCAGCUUUACAACACCAGCUUUACAAUAUCAGCAUUACAACACCAGCUUUACAACACCAGCUUUACAACACCAGCUUUACAACAUUCUCCCCCUUCUUUUCCCUCCAGGAACUUCUCAGGGAUUGAUCCACUCUCACGUUUAGACAUGUGCACCUGAAGCCAAAGAAGAGGCUAGCUACUAACAUACUGAGUCACUGUGUCAAAAAAACUGCAUGUCUGUGCCUGCUCACUCUCUACUUCCCACUGUGUUACUCUCUCUCUCCCUCUCCCUCUCUUUCUGUUUCUCACUGUGGUUGGUUCAUGUCAAUGGCAGACAUUUCAUUUGGUUUAGGAUUACUCUGACAUGUUGACAGACCAGGAUUCAGUUUCAGGGGAUGUGAGAUCUUUCAUUAACUGCUGUUCUUUUGACAAGAAGAGUUGACAACAGUAAUUCAACACAGCACCAUGAGUGAGUCAGUAGAAUACACAUCAUCAUCAUCAACAUCACACCCUGUGGACAAAGACCAGUCAGCCUCCUGCCCUGCUGCCACAGCCCCUCGCAAAACAGUCCGGCUCCAGGAGAGACGGGGAUCCAAUGUGUCCCUGGUGCUGGGCGUGAGCUGUCUCAGUCUGGAAGCAGUGGAGACCCUAUGCUCCAUCUCCACUCCCAGAGAGACCAUCCUCCACCUGCUGAGGACCUCAACACGCCCUCUGACCCCCUCUCAGCUGCAGGAGGCGUCUGAAGAGACCAGCAGGCUGAACUCAGAGUACCAGAAAAUUCCUCCAAACUUUGUGAACCCUUCAGAGCUGGAUAUUCCAGGACGAGCUUUAAAGGACAGAUACAAGACCAUACUGCCAAAUCCUGAGACCCGUGUGUGUCUGAGGAGCCUCGCAGCAGAGGAGGCGGGUGAGACUGAAAGAUACAUCAACGCUAACUACAUAAAGGGUUACAACGGUGCACCUAGCGCCUACAUCGCCACCCAGGGCCCCAUGCUCAACACCGUGCAUGACUUCUGGGAAAUGGUGUGGCAGGAGAGAUCCACCACCAUUGUAAUGAUCACCAAGCUGAAGGAGAAGAAGGAGAAGUGUGAGCUUUACUGGCCAGAGAAGGAGGGCAGCUAUGGCAGAUUUAAGCUCAGAGUGGCCAUUGUGAAAGAAUGUGAUGGCUACACAAUUCGAGACAUAAUUAUUCAGGUGGGCUCAGAGAGCAGGCAGGUGAGGCAUUACUGGUACUCCACAUGGCCAGACCACCAGACUCCAGACUGUACUGGACCUCUGCUCAGACUGGUGGCGGACGUGGAGGAACACAGGCAGUCCCACCCCGGCUUAGGAACCACCAUCGUCCAUUGCAGUGCAGGGAUUGGUAGAACAGGUUGUUUCAUCGCCAGCAGCAUUGGAUGCCUGCAGCUAAAACACACCAGUAAGGCUGACGUGCUUGGAAUCGUCUGCAAGCUACGCCUCGACAGGGGUGGUAUGAUACAGACCAGUGAGCAGUACCAGUUCCUGUACCUUACCCUGGCCCAGUACAGCCGACAGCUGGUGAACACAGACUGUGGCUCAGAGAGCCCUGUCCCUGUCCAGACUGGCAGUACUACAGGAGAAACGCGGUGACAGAGAAAGCCCAGCUGAAGCUCUGUCUUUCUGUAUGGGAGAACAAGCUUCUGGCACUCUGUCUUUCUGUAUGGGAGAACAAGCUUCUGGAACUCUGUCUUUCUGUAUGGGAGAACAAGCUUCUGGAACUCUGUCUUUCUGUAUGGGAGGACAAGCUUCUGGAACUCUGUCUUUCUGUAUGGGAGAACAAGCUUCUGGAACUCUGUCUUUCUGUAUGGGAGAACAAGCUUCUGGAACUCUGUCUUUCUGUAUGGGAGAACAAGCUUCUGGAACUCUGUCUUUCUGUAUGGGAGAACAAGCUUCUGGCACUCUGUCUUUCUGUAUGGGAGAACAAGUUUCUGGAACUCUGUCUUUCUGUAUGGGAGAACAAGCUUCUGGAACUCUGUCUUUCUGUAUGGGAGAACAAGCUUCUGGCACUCUGUCUUUCUGUAUGGGAGAACAAGCUUCUGGAACUCUGUCUUUCUGUAUGGGAGAACAAGCUUCUGGAACUCUGUCUUUCUGUAUGGGAGGACAAGCUUCUGGAACUCUGUCUUUCUGUAUGGGAGAACAAGCUUCUGGAACUCUGUCUUUCUGUAUGGGAGAACAAGCUUCUGGAACUCUGUCUUUCUGUAUGGGAGAACAAGCUUCUGGAACUCUGUCUUUCUGUAUGGGAGAACAAGCUUCUGGAACUCUGUCUUUCUGUAUGGGAGAACAAGCUUCUGGAACUCUGUCUUUCUGUAUGGGAGAACAAGCUUCUGGAACUCUGUCUUUCUGUAUGGGAGAACAAGCUUCUGGGACUCUGCUCAUGUGCUGUCUGUGGCAAUCUCAUCCCCUUGACUGUGACAGUUAUUGCAGCAUUUUUAUGGGCACGUGGGACUGGUUUGAAUUGUAUUGAAAUUCAUGAAUAAUCAUUUUGUCCAUAUUUGCUACCCUGAUAAUAAAUAUGUUAUGCCCUUGGCUUUAAUUAA